AUGCUCAACCGCUGGCGGAAGCUGGAUCGUCAAGACGAUAUCCGGAAGCAAAAGGAAGUCGCCGCUGACUACACCCUGAAAAAUGGAAAAGACCUGCAUGAAGCCCUGACGGUUCCUGCAAAGUUCGACCUGCAACGGGCGGAGUUUGCCCCUUUGACCGUCGUCAGUGAUCUCCAGGAAGUCCUCGAUGUCCACAAUGCGACUGCCGAGGUGGCCUUGCGCUUCAAUGUUAAACAGUGCACGUUCAACGAUGUCCUCGGUGAGCUCGAUGCAGCCGUCACAGUGUAUAAGCAAAAGGCCACAGGGACAUCAAAUGUGAUCCGCAGAAUCGCACGGGCGGCGGGUGACUACUCGGUCGAGAUCAGCCCUUGGUGCGACCUGGUUCCAGCAGACAACGGCCUGAACGUGCUCAGUGCCGGCCUAAAGAUGAUUUUUGGCAUCGCAAGGCGAAACGCCGACAACCGCGAGAAAAUUCUCCAAGCGUUCCAGGACAUCCCGACGCUUAUUGUUACGACGGCAAAGAAACAGAGUCGGUUCCACUUUGCCAGGCAUAUUCGACAAAGUGCCAUCACCUUCUACGAAACCGUCAUUCGGGCACUGGCGGAAUUGAUUAUUCUGUUGAAUGGAGACAUCAACUCGAAGCACCAGUUCUGGGACCGCGUCAGCCAACUCAGGAAGCGACUCUUCGGUUCCAGUAUACGAGGGAAAAACAUCGAUACUAUAUUGGCAACGGUGUCAACCCAGGCUGGCAAAUUCCAAGAGUGCCUUGAGCUGAUUCGCGACGACAUCAGACUGGACACCUAUGGUGCCGCCGUAUCCAACUCGGCCAGUUUGCAAGAGAUUAUGGCAAAGAUUGAUCAACUGCAGAGUGAAAUGGAGGGACUGAAAGAGAGGGGGCAGCAAAACAAAGAUACUGGGCCUGAUCCCGCGCUGCAACGGCAACUUUCUACGGAGACAGUCGAUCUGACGUGGAAGUACGGCGGCAUCAGUCGGAAAGACCAGCUCGGGCUGGACGUCAUGAACCGGGUGGUGGUUUUCUUGGUUUCUAGUCCUUUUGAGGUUCUAUCCAACAGUCAGCACUCGUCGCCGGUUCAAUCUCCAGCACAAUGGCUGUCCGAGACCGACUUGAUGCAGAGCUUGGGAGUCUAUUUCCGCGAGCACCUGGAGGAUCUCGACACGGUACUAAAGGAGCAGCAUCAAUUCGACGACGCAACGCAGAGCCACGCGCGCCAACUUCUUCAGACCCCUAGGUUCUCUCGCUGGAUCUCAUCCCAAUCUCCAGACAUGCUGUGGGUCAAUGGGAACUUCGAAGACCUUGGCCCCGGUCGGCUUUCUGCCUUGUCUGUUCUCUGCGCGUUGCUUGUACUGAGCCUGCAUCAGAACUCCAACGCAAUUACCCUCCAUCAUUUCUGCGGCCUCCACGAGACAGGCACAGAGGGAACCGUCACCGGACCCAAUGGCCUCAUACGGAGUCUUAUCUUCCAACUGCUGUUCUGCAGCGGUCACAAAUUCAACCUGGACUUCAUCAACACCCGCCAAUUUGCCAACGACAUCGAAUCCCACUCCCUCCGCAUGCUCUGUCAUACCUUCCGACAGUUAAUCGAGCAACUCCCGCCCAGGCAAACAGUGAUCUGCAUCAUUGACGGAAUAACGGGCUUCGAAUACGGGCCCUGGCUCGACGACCUCUGGGACGUGAUGCUCAUCCUAAACAAACUGGUGACAGACGAUGCGUUACGUCCGAACUUCAAGCUGCUCGUCACCACGCCGUUUGCGGACGGGAUUGUAGAUCGCACGAUCGGCGAGCACCAGCGGCUAGUACUGCAGUCUGAUUCGCUGUAUGAUGGCGGCCUCGAAAUGUCGGAUCGUUUGGUUUGGGAUGAUAUCGGGCAGGCGGAUCGGUUGGAGGAGUAUCGACGGGCGGUGCGGAUGGCCGAGCAGGAUGAGGAUGAGUCUGAUGGGUUUAGUGAGUAG